AUGGUCUAUCCCAAUCCUGCUGUGGGGAAAAGCAACAGUUUUAAAAUCAAGCAGAAUUUACUCAUGAGACUACCAGUCUUCCAUGAUCUUCCAACUGAGGAACCUAAUCAACAUCUCUCUAGGUUCAUGAAUAUUGUGGAAAGCAUGGGACCUGACAUGGCAGACCCUCAAAUUCUGAAGAUGAAGGCUUUUCCAUUCACUCUUAACGGAUCAGCUCUUGACUGGCUAGAAGAAUUGCCAGUAGGUUAUAUUACUUCUUGGGAGAAACUGGCCCAAGAAUUCUUGCAGAAAUUCUAUCCAGCAACUCGAGUCAUGAACAUGGGAAGCCAAAUAGCUGGAAUUCAUCAAAAUGCCACUAAAACUUAUGCUGAAUAUUGUACAAGAUUCCAAAAGCUGCAAAAGAGAUGCCCACAACAUGGAUUUUCCAAGGGGAGUCUUCUUCAUUUUUUCUAUCAAGGUCUUCAUGAAGGUGAAAAGAACCUCUUGAAUUCAGCUGCUGGUGGUGCUUAUGUAUAUUUAUCUCAUGAUGCUGCAGAGAAACUAAUUGCUAAGGGAGCUGCUAAUGAACUUCAAUAUGGUAGUCGUGCAAGUUCUGGCACAACUCAGGGAGCUCAAUCUGAUCAAAGGCUUUCAAAUAUUGAGCAGAGUAUUGAAAAAUUGAAUGCAUUACUAUUGAGCGGUAAAGCACCGAAAGCUCAAGUCUGUGGUAUUUGCUCAACUCAGGGACAUUUUACUGAUGCAUGUCCUACAUUGGUUGAACCUAAUUUAGAAUAUGUUAAUGCUAUUGGCUUUGGAAAUCAAGGAGCAAAUCAGUUUUCGAAUACUUACAAUUCAAGAUGGAAGGAUCAUCCCAAUUUGAGGUACGGGGACACUAACAAUGCUUUGAAUGGGUUUCAGUUUCAAAACAAUUCUGCGCCAUCUGGUUUUCUACAAAGGCAGCAAUGCAUUACCAAUUCUCAAGACAUUAGAGAGAUGGAGAAGCAACUUGGGGAUGUGAUAAAGAAAAUUAAUCAAGAACAUGAGCCUGGCCGGUUGCCUAGAACUACACAACCAAAUCUGAAAUUCGAGCAUGCUAACAUCAUUACUACUAAGAGUGGCCGGAAUGUCAUUCCCACUCAAAAGGUAUUGGAAAAUCAGGUUGAUAAGCAUGGUAUCGAAAAAGACCCGACAACUGAAAGAACUUCACACAACAAAUUGGUUGAAGGAAAUGAGAAUUCUCAAGCCAAGGAGGAUAGUCAUGAGAAUGAGGAUGAAGAUGAGAUUGUGCACAACAAUUCUGAGGAGAAACAUACUUCUCCAAUUUCUACUGGUGCGUCAAUUAAUGUUAUGCCAUCUAGCUUAUAUGAGAAAUUAUGUAUUAAAACUGAACUCAAAACAGAUGGUGUUACCAUUUUAUUAGCUAACAGAUCUCACGUUUACCCGAAAGGUGUUUUGGAGGAUGUUCUUGUGCAGGUUGGCAGGUUUCAAUAUCCGGCUGAUUUUUAUAUCUGA